AUGGCCGUGUUUAAUCAGUCAUCCUCACUGCUCUGGACUUACCUCUGUAUGGCCAUGUUGGGUCUUCUGGCUGGUGGGUGUCUGGGAGGAUCUGACUCACCCCGUGGCGUCUCCUUGCCUUUUGUGUUUGAUCUGAAUGCAGUGUGUGAUCCACCAUGCAGACAUGCUGGGAUUUGUAUCCGAAACAGCACCUGCUUGUGCUCACGGGGCUACGAAGGAGAGACCUGCCAGUAUGCUACCUGUGAGCCAAAGUGUAAAAAUGGUGGUGAAUGUCUCCGACCUGGAAAGUGCAGAUGUCCUCCAGGACUUGGUGGAAAAUAUUGUGAAAAAGUGGCAUGUGACGGUGGCUGCUGGAAUGGUGGAGAAUGCAUUGUAGUGAACGGACAGGCCAAGUGCAUUUGUCCCUCCAGCUGGAUUGGAUCCAAAUGUCAAGAAGCAAUUUGUCCUCAGGGUUGCCAGAAUGGAGGCAGCUGUGUGGCUCCAGGAAUCUGCAGCUGUCCAGAGGGAUGGCUGGGGGGAGCCUGUCACAUCGCUGUGUGUAAGAAGCCGUGUCUGAACGGUGGGAAGUGUGUGUCUCCAAACAAAUGUCGCUGUCGCACUCUGUUCUCCGGCCCUCAGUGCGAGGACAGAAAAAAGCUCUUCUGAUCUCAGCACUUACG